AUGGAUCCACUAUCCAUAACGACGGCCUGUAUAGGGCUUCUAGCUACCCUUACCAAGACGGCACUGGCCGUUACCAACUUCACACGCGACUGUCGCGAAGCUCGAUCCGACCUCACAUCCAUAACUGGCGAACUGUCCCAGUUGAACCUUGUCCUGGAGUUGCUGAGAGACGAAACGGCUGUUACUGAUGAUCGAAUCAUGCCAGAGUCACUACAGAUACACAUUCUCUCCACGAUCAAUAGUUGUUCUGCUGCCGUCUCCAAGAUCAACACUAUCCUCGAUAAACACACUGGCAAGACUGGAAUGUUAAGAUGGGCCACCUUUGGAAAAAAUGAGGUCACCGGGCUGCGCACAUCACUUGAGGCUUAUCGCGGUUCCUUGAGUUUGGUACUGGAGUUGGUUUCUGUAUCUUUGUCCAAAGCAAUUAGGAACGACACCACGGCCAUCAGAACGGAUGUUUAUGACAUCAAACAAGACACCAGUCAAAUUUCCCAAAUCAUGGACGAGUUGGUUAGACUACGGGCUAUUGUUGCUUCUGGGGGGAUCCCGUCCGCCAGUAGUGGACAGAAUUUCAUCCUUCAGCAGUAUCUUGACGGUCUAACUUCAUACGCCGAAUCAGUCUGCAAUGAUGUUGUGUGGGAGACUGACAGCAGCGUCCAUGCAGGGUCCCGUGCCUCCAGUCGAUCUAGCUUGAGGAUUGCGUGCUCAGUGCCAGUUCUUCAAGUAGACAGAAGUAUCGACGCCAGUUCUCAAGAUGCGACUAUACCAGACAUUGUCUACGAAAGUAAAGAUGGUGUCGCAAUUCUAGAACCUACCAGGAGUGCUACUGCCGAUGGUGAAUCUUCCAUGUCAGAAGAUUCCAAGUCGCCAGAGGAGCACUAUCCUAGAUCGUUAAGAAAUAGGGACAAUAGUCCCAUCAACCCCUCGGGCAGUCAUAUACAAGUCCUACAAUCAAAACCCAGCAUCUCUACACUACAUCUUGAUAAAUUACCAGACAGCGAGAGCCAUAUAUCCAGUCAAGGGGAAACUGGCUGCGAGCUGCCUGCGAUCAAGCCGAUAUUAGCUACGCCGCAACUUGAGAAGCUACUGAUAGAUAUGAAUACCUUCUCGAGUCAGGCUAGUGACUAUAACGAGUCAAAAACGGCACCGCAGAUUACGAGCUUCCUCCAACAAUCGGACAAGCUGUCUACGGAAAAUGAUAGUGAGGACGUCUUGGUGCCUAAUGACAGUAGGUCAGAUUUUGGGGACGAGGUUAGGGGUACAGUCUCGGCCAGUUUACCAACACUAUCGAUCAGAGCAUUGAAUGGCGAUGGAUCAGCUGAGGCUCAUCAUCAAAGCUCAGAUAUUACGAUUCCCCAUCCCAGACACCAGGAUGUUCUACGUGACACCGAUGUAACAACAAAUAUACAUCAAACAGAGGAUGUGAAAUCUGCAAGAGAAUAUGAUCCUUUCAGAUUCGUUCCUGACCUGCGGAUCCAGAGGCCAACAUCCACUAAAGUCGUCUUAUUAUCUAAUGACACUAGUUCUUCUGAUAUCCAGAAACGGGAACACUUGGGAAUGAGUAUUGCUAUUCCUCAGCGACCGAUUUCUAUGCCAGCAGCCUUCGCGCAACCAAAGUCAGCCGCACUUAAGCCACUUGCGCCUCGACCUUCUAGCAGCCGUCCUCGAAGUCCCAAACCUCCAAGUAUUAAGCAGUCUGCAAAUCUGAGACCAUCACAUGAAGAGAACAUAAUCCAGGCUACCAGUUCUCAUCAGCCAGCGGAUGGGUCAAAUUUAGGAAGCCCUCUAACCUCUUCUGUAUCAGGGGCAUCCCUGGGGCCACAAAGAAACUGUGUCACGCCUACAGAUGAAGGUACAGGCACUUCUCAAACUACACCACAGGUAAGAGACAAUAACCCAGAACGUAGCGCCAUGUUUACGGCCAAGACUCCUAACCUGUUUCUCAAUGUAAGGUCAAGAAGAAAAUGGUGA